UUAGAGAGAAAAGAGCGUAUAAAGAAGGCUUUGACAUGAAUUGGACUAAUACGAUUCGCGCACCGACGAAAUAAGAGCCGGAAUCAUGAGGAAAUAUCAGAUUUACGUGAUUUGUUUUGUUGUUUUGGCUUUUGCCGCUGCCACAGCUACAAGAGUUUGCAGCAACAGAAAUAUCUUGUGCUCUGUGGUUAGAUCAACUAGUUGUUCAAAGAAAAUCGUUUCCAGUCAUUGCCCAAGGCUUUGCAACACAUGUGGAGCAAAAUGUCGAAACAUAAAGGCGUCAAUGCGCGUUGAUUGUGGCUACCAUGGAAUUAGUCCGUUGGAUUGCUUGAGAAAGGGAUGUUGUUAUGGCGAAUUAAAGGUGGCUGGCCCGUGGUGUUAUCAUCGAAAAGCAAACUGUCCCAUGAUUGAAGCAAACAAACGUGAAGAUUGUGGUUACCCUGGGAUAAGCAAAUCAGAUUGCGUCAAAAAAGGAUGCUGUUACAACGCGAUCAAGGAAAAGGGACCGUGGUGUUAUUACAGGCAAGAAAAAUGCCGGAAAAUAGCAGCAACAAGACGUCAUGAUUGUGGUUAUCCAGGCAUAACGAAGCGGGCAUGCGAGAAGAAAGGCUGUUGUUAUAGUGAAUUGCUAAACCAAAGUGGACCGUGGUGCUACCACCGCCUAGAAAAAUGUCUGCGCAAAGCAACAGAACGUGACGACUGCGGCUAUCCUGGUAUAACAGAAUUCGAAUGCAUGAAAAGAGGUUGCUGCUAUAAUUCAUUGCCCGGUCGUGGGCCAUGGUGUUAUUACCGAUGAGAUACGAGGACCUUCGGAAGAUUAUAUGCGAACUUUAGUGUACUCAUUGUUGUAAAAAUAUGUUGUCAAAUAAAUACCUCUAAUAUAUGAACUUUUCCUUCCCAAUAAGAUCCAGUAGGAGAUGAAUGAUUUGACUGCCAAUUUUCUUUUUGUCAUGUCGCUGCAGCCAAACACAUUUGAAUUAUUGCAU